UGUUUUACAAACACACCCUCUCAGCCCCCAAACCCUUCUAUUCUCUCUCUUCGUUUCUGAGUCUCCUCUUCUUCGCAUUCGUUCUAUCUAUCUCUCUCUCUCUUCUUAUACAAACAAACCCUCUCUUCGUUUCACAAACCCUACCCUCUCUUUCUCUCUCUACAAUCUCUCUCGCAUUCGCAUUCAUCGCUCAACGAUUUCAAAUCCCUAAUUCCUCUUCCGAUUUCCGAUCUCAAUCUUCACAUGGCGAUGAGCGACGGCACCAAAAUGAAUCUCCCCGACGAUCUCUUCUCAUCCAAACUCACCGAUUCGUCGCACUCUUCUCUCAAAGAUGAAGCAUCUGGAGGACAUGGAGAGAAAGGCAUUGCGGCACUACUCGAUGAUUCGAAAGAUCAAGUGUUAUCUGACAGCAGCAUACCGUUAUCCCCACAGUGGCUUUAUUCCAAACCUGUUGAUGCAAAGCCAACUGGCAAUCCAGUAGGGGUGAAUUCCAAUGAUCCUGUACUGAAGGAUAAUUGGCGUUUGGAGGGGUCUUUGGACAAGAAAGAUUGGAGAAAGACUACUCCCGAUGUUGAGAUCAGUCGAAGGUGGCGUGAAGAGGAGAGAGAAACAAGUUUGCUCGGGAGAAGGGAUCGUAGAAAAGAAGAUCGUCGUUUGGAGAACACCUCAACCUCGGAGAAUAGGUCUUUGCCUGCUGAUCGUUGGAAUGAUAGCCGUGGUUCUGGCAAUGACUCUCGGAGAGAGAAUAAGUGGUCAUCAAGAUGGGGUCCUGAAGAAAAAGAAAAGGAUGCUCGAAAUGAGAAAAGGAAUGAUGUGGAGAAGGAAGAUGGCCAUGCAGAAAAACAAUCUACUGGUGCUAGCAACCGUGCAGUUUCUGAUCGUGACACUGAUUCCCGUGAUAAAUGGAGGCCACGACAUCGCUUGGAAUCUCAAGCAGCUGGUGUGGCCACAUACCGUGCUGCACCUGGAUUUGGGCUGGAGAAAGGACGUACAGAGGGCUCCAAUGUGCGAUUUUCACCAGGAAGAGGAAGGGCAAAUUUCAAUGGAAACCUUCAAAUUGGAAGGCCUCCCAUAGGCUCUAGUGUUGGAUCUGUUCUUAUGGAUACUAAUAAAACUAUAUUGGGGAAGCCUAGCCUUGGUGCUGAUUCAUAUUGCUACCCAAGGGGUAAGCUUCUUGACAUAUAUCGUAAGCAAAAGGGUGAUCCAACUUUUGUGAGUAUGCCUUCUGAGGUGGAACAAACGUCGCCGAUAACUCAAAUUGAUUUGGUAGAACCAUUAGCAUUUGUUGCUCCUGCAGAUGAGGAGGAGGCUGUCCUUAAAGAUAUAUGGAAGGGAAAAAUUACUAGCAGUGAAGUCUCAGGCUACUCUAGAGGAAAGGAUGGAGGGUCAAUUGGUGAUAUAUCUGGUUCUGGUGCUUUGAGUGAAGGAAAACAACUUUCAAUCAGUAGUGGUGGAAAGUUUAUAUCAGGAAACGAAAUCUUAAAUGAAUCCGAUCAACUUUUUAUUGAAUCAGCAUCAACUGCUGGUUCAUUGACAAAUACAGCCGAGGAAGUCGCAAAUUUUCAAGAAGGCAAGCAGAAACAUGUGCCAACUAUGGGCAUGCAUUGGAAAGAUGAGAUUAUUCCCAGAAACAAGGCUGCUGAAUCAGAGGCUUUUGCUUACCAUCAGGGACAACUUUCUUCUUUUGAGGAACAUGCUAAUCAGGAUGGGAUCAAGUCAUUGGCUUCAGAAAUUAGUAAAAGCCUUCCUGAUGAUUCCCGCUCUCUCUUUGAUUUUUCAUCUUUGCGGCAAAGUCCAAGCAUUAAUCAACAUAAUGAGAAGAAAUAUCCAUCUGAAAAUGUUGCUGUUCCCGAGGAGUUGAGUUUAUGCUAUCUGGAUCCUCAAGGGAUGAUUCAAGGACCCUUUCUUGGGAUUGACAUCAUUUUGUGGUUUGAACAAGGUUUUUUUGGGAUCGACUUGCUUGUUCGCUCUUCAGAUGCCCCAGAAGGAUCUCCUUUUCAAGAACUUGGUGACAUUAUGCCUCAUCUGAGAGUUAACACAGGGUUAGGUUCUGAUAGUAACAUGGUUAAUCAGUCAGAACCAUCUGAUGCCAUUGGAAGAAACCUAAAAGUUGAUGUAAAUUCAUUUGACUAUAAUGGGUCUUCUUUUGCUGACGAUCAACCAUGGUCUUCAUCCCGACCCGGUUCUACAUCCAGUGUUGGUAUUCCUUCCCAAACACCUAAUCGAAGUUAUCACCCUGAAAUCAAGUUCUCUGAUGAGCAGUACUUCAAUAAUAUUGGUGCACAAGAUGAGGGGACCACAAUGUCAAAAUUGGCUGGAAGCAACAACGGCAACCCUUUGAUGAGGCCUGUGGAAGCCAAUGCUGCAUAUUCCCAUCAUACAGGAAAACCUGUUGCAAAUGAAGCUAUUGGGAGUGACACUCAUAAUAGUGAGGCAGAUAAGUUACAUCCCUUUGGUUUAUUGAUGUCUGAACUUAGAGAUGGAUCUCAGUUAAGGCGUGCACAAUCCUCCAACAGUUCUUUAAGAUUGGGUGACCAGAGUCAUUUUACUGAUCCACUAAUUGAUAGAGAUGCUCCUUUUACUGAUCAAAGCUCUAUGGGUGGCAUGGUUAAUCAGUCUUCUUUCAGGGAUACCUGGACCGACGAAUAUGGGAUAAAUAGGCAUUUUAAUCCUAAUCAGCGUGUAGGUUCACUAGAAGAUCAGUUUUUGUCUCGGAUUGGACCAAACUUUAACAAUUUUGAUGUGGCAGACCAUCUUAUGCUGCAGAAGCUGCAGAAGGAACGCCUUCAGCAGCAGCAGGCGGAGCGACUUCAACAGCAGCAGGCUGAACGUCUUCAGCAACAGCAGGCUGAACGACUUCAGCAACAGCAGGCUGAACGUCUUCAGCAACAGCAGGCUGAACGACUUCAGCAGCAGACUAAUAUAUCUAGUCAUUUCCCUGCAUAUCUUAAUGGAUCGGAUUUAGAUAGAUUUCCUGGUUUCUCUCCAUCUCAAAGCAAUAAAUCUGGCAUCCAGCAAAUGAUGCAGAAUCCUGGGACAGAUUUCGAACGUCUUUUCGAACUGCAGGCUCAACAACGCCAGCUUGAGAUUCAACAGCAAGAUAUGCACCAUCAACAACUACUUCAACAGUUGAAACUACAGCCCCAACAACAGUCUCAAGUUCAGCAGUUGCUUCUUGAGCAGUUAAUGCAUCAGCAGAUGUCUGAUCCGAAUUUUGGACAGUCAAAACACGAUCCUUCUAGGGAUAACUUGCUAGAUCAGGUACAAUUGCGGAGAUAUCUGCAUGACUUGCAGCAGAAUCCACAUUCUUUAGGGCACCUUGAUCCAUCAAUGGAGCAGUUUAUCCAAGCAAAUAUAGGUCUCAAUGCUGCGCAAGGAAGGCAAGCUGAUUUGUCAGAGCUCUUGUUGCAAGCAAGGCAUGGAAAUAUAUUGCCCUCAGACCAACAACUUCGUUUUCAGCAAGACCAGUUGCAAGCUCAGCAGUUAUCUAUGGCUCUUAGACAGCAGUUAGGGCUGGAUGGAGAAAGGCAUUUUGGUAGGUCACGACCAAUUAAUGAAACUGGACAGUUAGUAAGAAAUCCAUCAAACCACCAACUGGGUCAUUCUGCUGGAUUUAAUGUUUCAGAAAUCCACAAACAACAGCAGAUGCUUGCGGCUCAAGAGGAGCAAUUAAAUUUCCUGGGAAGGAAUCAUCUUGAGCAGAACCAAAGAGGGUUCUAUGAUCCUAGUUCUAUGAUGUUCGAGAGGUCUUCGCCUGUCAAUGUGCAAGGAAGGGAAUUAUUAGAACGCCGUCGCUUCAUGCACCCAUCAGAUCAACUGGGUCCUUUGUCUUCUCAUCACAACCUACAAUCAUCUGAUGAUCUAUUUGGUCACCAUUCCCUCUCUGGGAACAAUGGCCAUGUGGAUAAUAACUGGAUUGAUCCACGGUUGCAGCUUCAACAUCUUGAAGCUAUGAGGCAGAGAAGAGAGUUGGGGGAUAAUAUCACAUCAGCAGAUCUGAACAUAGCUGCGUCCGCUGCAGGCCAUGAAGAGAGUUCAGGACGAGGUUUUGUGGACCUUCUUCAUCAGAAACUGGGUCUUCAAUCUGCACAAUCAUCAACUGUUGAUAAGUGGAAUCAUCCCCUUUCGUCAAGAAGUCAUGAUAAUAAAUCUUGGCAUGUUCCAGAGGCUAGCUCGAUACUUCAUCCUUUUGAGCUUCCUCCAGAUCAGCAAGCCCAUAUAAAUGAUCCAUUUCUGGAGAGGGCUCAGAGUGCAAAUUCCAGUGUGCUAAUGCAUGAUCAUUUAACCAACAUACAUAUGAACGAGCAUUACAAAAAUCUAGGGAAUACUGAAAGAGUGCCUCUUCGGUCGAGAUCUGGUUCAUUACUUGAAGAACAAUCACUGUUAUCUACGAAUAAGGAUACUUUGCAUCCCAAUUACAGAAUUCCUUUUCAGAUUGGUAAAUCAUCUAUGGAGAAAGACUUGCUUGAGUUGGAUACCAAUAAGGGACACAGACAUGAAUUUAUGGGCACAAUGGGAAAGUUUGUUCCUGGGAUGUCAGACUUGUCAGAACAAGUGGAAAACCCCAUGCCAUCCAUGGAAAUGCCUUCUAUUACUCAUAGUAGACAUAGCUCGCUAAGCAGUGCAGGUGGUGGUGAUGGCGGCUCUUUUGGUCGUGAGAUGGGUUUGAAUAGCUCACGUGGAGACGAAGUUUCUAGUGACAGGAUUCCUCCUUCAACAAAAGGGUUUGAUAAUGCUUUCCAUAAGCGCCCUCACGUGUCUCGGGUUUUGUCUUCCCCAGACGUCCAGUCAGACCAACCAUCUGUACCUCAUGUCAGUCAGAACCAAUUAUUGAACCUUGCAUCUAACGAAGGGAGGCGAGAAUCCUCUGGAAAUCUGUCAGCUGCCAGCAUGGCUGAUGCUCAAGCUGCUGGGAAGAAAGAGGCUCGGUUUAGAUCUUCAUCCUUCAGUGAAGGUGCCAUGUCAGAAGCAUCAUUUAUAGAUAUGCUUAAAAAGCCCGUUCUUCCUGAGGCAGAUGUGCAUCAAACCAGUGGAGCUGCGGCAGAGCCAGCUGAUGGUGGUCAAGCAGGACGAGGUGGUAAGAAGAAGGGAAAGAAAGGGAAGCAGAUAGAUCCUUCUCUUCUUGGUUUCAAGGUCUCCAGUAACCGAAUCAUGAUGGGGUGAAGCUUUGGUUCAGACUCACGAAAACUUAGACCAUCUUUGCCAUGGUGGAGAGGGUGUUUGGUCUGUUACCGUGGGAGAUGUUGAUGAGGGUGGAGAGGGUGUUUGGUCUGUUACCGUGGGAGAUGUUGGUGAGAGUUGAGUAAGUAAUUCAACUGAUUCGAUGGGAGGAGAAUAUUUUUAAAAAAGGAAAUCAAUUGAAUAGUUAAAGAUGGUGAGGACCGUAACUUCAUAUCAAUUGAAUGGUUAAAGAUUGUGAGGACUGUAUUUUAACGGAAAGAUAACCGGUGUUAAGAGACAAGAGAGAUACUUAUCCAUUUGAUGUGAACUUAAGGGAUAUCAGUGUCUAUUUUAAAAUUAGAGAAGGUGUAUGUGUCAUGUAAAGAAAAUUCAAGACGGGUGUAAAUAAUAUUGAUUUGUUCUUUGUAUUUAUUUUUUUUGUAUGGAACAAUAUCAUACGGAUAAAAAAGAUUUGUACUUAAUUUUUAUUGACUAAAGGUGAAGUAUUUCUACCUUAGCAGUGAAAGUUCAAGAUUAUAUAAUA